CCGCCAGUGCUGUGAGCAUUUGUGCGCAUGCGCCGUGUCUCUUUCGUCGUCACCAUCAUCGAGUUGGGCGCUCAAACUCAGCCAGUCUGGUACCCUUCGGAGCUGCGGAAGGACUAAUGCGCAAGGACACCGCGGCGGACUUUGUCCUUAGCUCACCGACGCGCUCCCCGAACCUAACCAACUGGACAGAACUACCGCGAGGUCCUGCUUUCAGUCCAAAUUCUAUUUGGCCUGCCUGAGUCCUUCAGAGAUCACCUGCAGCACCAUUCCAUCUUCCACCGUAUUCCUUCUGAGAAGACAUGCCUCCACCAUUAGGAGGCCCUGCAGGAUACACCCCUCCUGAGGGGGGCUGGGGUUGGGCGGUGGUAGUGGGGGCCUUCAUUUCCAUUGGCUUCUCCUACGCUUUCCCCAAAUCUAUAACGGUCUUCUUCAAAGACAUCGAGGUGAUCUUUGACGCCACGCCCAGCCAGGUGUCAUGGAUCUCAUCCAUCAUGUUGGCUGUCAUGUAUGCAGGAGGUCCAAUCAGCAGCAUCCUGGUAAACAGGUUUGGCAGUCGACCAAUCAUGUUCCUGGGUGGCUGUCUGGCAGGGUCAGGAUUGGUGGCCGCCUCCUUCUGCAACACUGUGCCACAGCUCUACUUCUUCAUUGGCGUUGUGGGAGGUUUGGGAUUGGCGUUCAACUUGAAUCCUGCCCUCACUAUGAUCGGAAAGUACUUCUACAUGCGCCGGCCCAUCGCCAACGGCAUCGCCAUGGCCGGCAGCCCCGUCUUCCUGUCCACCCUGGCUCCCCUCAACUCAUGGCUCUAUGACGAGUUCGGCUGGAGGGGCAGCUUCCUCAUCCUGGGCGGUCUUCUGCUCAAUUGCUGCGUGGCGGGAUCGCUCAUGCGGCCCAUCGGACCCAAACCUCAGUCCGCCAAGCCUAACGCCGAGGUAGGAGCCGCCGGCGACUCUGUUCAGGCGCAGCCCAAGAAGACGGUCCUGCAGACCAUCAAUUCCUUUAUCGACCUGACGUUGUUCAAACACCGCGGCUUCCUGCUGUACCUGAUGGGCAACGUGGUCAUGUUCUUCGGCCUCUUCGCUCCGCUCGUCUUCCUCUCCAACUUUGCUAAGAGCAAAGACAUCAGCAAGGAGAAGGCGGCUUUCCUGCUGUCAAUUCUGGCGUUCGUGGACAUGUUCGCCCGGCCCUCCAUGGGCCUGCUGGCUAACACCAAGUGGGUCCGACCCAGAGUGCAGUACUUCUUCGCCGGCGCCGUCCUCUACAACGGCGUGUGUCACGUGCUGGCGCCCCUUUCAACCGACUACACAGGAUUUGUGGUGUACGCCAUCUUCUUUGGCUUUGCCUUCGGCUGGCUGAGCUCCGUGCUGUUCGAGACUCUGAUGGACCUGGUUGGGGCGCAGAGAUUCUCCUCAGCCGUGGGCCUGGUCACCAUCGUGGAGUGUGCACCUGUGCUGCUGGGUCCGCCGCUAACAGGAAGCUUCUACAACUACUACCACCACUACGACUACACCUACAUCUCCUCUGGCAUCAUCCUCAUCAUCGCCAGCAUCAUCCUCUUCGUGGGAAUGGGCAUCAACUACAAACUGUUGGACCGAGAGAAAAAGAAGGAAGCCAAUAAGGAGCCCAAGGAGGAGCGCGCCGCCAUGCUGGCGCCUGCCUCGCCUGCAAAGGAAAACGAUGCCGUCAGGGUAGAGGAGGAUUCCAAGAUGGACGAGAACACGGUUUAGGACAAGAAGACCGACUAAUAGAGCACCACACUAACAUCUUAGUUUAUUUGUUUUUCAAUUGAUGUGCCUGUGGGCAGCGAACACCCGCCUGCCAACACAGCUUGUAGUUGCUAAUCCAGUCACUUGAUGAGGUUGGUACUCUCAGGGUCUCCAGUUGCCAUAAGGCACCACACACACAUUCUUACCCCUCACUCCUUUGAGGGCUGGACAUUGCUAAUAGCACACAUUUGGUGUCCAUGUCAGUUAUGCACAAGAACAAAAGAAGGAACGCACUGAUUGUACAAUUGAACAAAUUAAGUCUAAUACAUGAAAAAAAUGCACAGUAGUGUACAUUCAAUAAUCACUUGAAGGAAAGAUUAGUGUAGCUCAUCAGCGUUAAAGCCACUUUAUUGUGGUGCACCAUGUACUUCUGUCACAACUUGUCGAUCAAAAUAGAAACUAAAAACGAUAUGGAUGAGACCACUCAGUAUUAAAUGAUGCAAUGAGGACUGUGUGUGUGCGUGUGAUGCACACACAACCAGCUGUGCUGCCAAAAUAGAACUUUAACUCCCCUUCUAUCACAGAAACAUAUAUUUUUGCAGUUUUUACAUGUUAGGCGUCAGUGAAGUGUGAAUAGUAGUAAGUUAGUAUUAGUUUAAUGUAUGUUGACAAUCUGAGUUAAAAUGUGGGGUGAGAAAGAGAGAGUGUGUGUAUGUGUGUGUGUGUGUGUGUGUGUGUGUGUGUGUGUGUGUGUGUGCGCGCUCAUGUGUUUUCAAACAUUUCAUGCAGUGUACAACUGCACAAUGUGUGCUCUCAUCACAGUUUGAAAGUCUGCAGCAGAUGUUUUGUUGUUUAAGUAUGAAGUACACAACUUUAAAGGAGAGAUAUACCAGCACAUUGUCUAUUUUUUUAUGGACAUAAACCACAGUUUUAAUCCUCUUAAAACUCAUGCACAUAUUUUUUUAAUGACACAUGACCCUGCUGUCUUAGAAAUAUAUGCUUUAGUCUUGUCUGCUAUUGCAAAGACCAAAACUAGCAAGUGUUUUUCGAUUUUAAGCACAUACAAAAUAUAUUAUUAUUCAACAGUAAUACUGUAUUAACAAUGUUAUGUUCUUAUUGCUUCAACACUUGUAACUUUAGACAACGUUUUCUUUUUUUUCUUUGCUCCUCCUGUACGUUGUGGUGUAACACUACCCUCUAGUGGACAUAUGCCGCAAUGUCUAUCCCUGUGUAAUUAUGAACAAACACUAACCAACUAAAGCAAAAUGUCACUUAAGUCAAAAAAACAUGUGAAAGGUGCACCCCCUGCUAUUCUUCCAGCAUUCUUAUUCAUUCACAGUAUUUUGAUUCUCAGACAAAAUUCAAGAGGGGGAGAAGACUUAAAUGGGAAGAAAACAUUUUAAUUGUACAAUUUGAAUGUUUCGAUGUCUUUGCUGGAGUUGUGUCAAAAGAAAGAAAAGUUUUUUGGCAAAUAAGCUAUGUUAUACAGACGUGGGAGACUUCAUGACAAGUGAUGGAAGGAAUUAUUAAAGGUUUCUAAAAUAAA